UUAUAUCAAAGAUACGUAUGACGUGAUGCGCAAUAAAUGUAUUUUGAUACCCACCUGUUAAUCUGCAUUAAUCACAUAAGGAAACUGUUAUUUUGUUAAUUCCAGAUGGGUGUUAGGUUAAAGAGACAAUGGUGCGCACUUAUAACAGAAUAUCUAAUAGAAAAAGAACAUACACUAUUAUCUACAGUGAAGCAGAGUGAUGCACCCGACAAGGUAAGGAAGAGAAAAGUAGCUUCAGGAGCAGAAGUUAUCACAGCCGAAGAAGUUUUCCGUCGCAUGACUGAAAAAUGCAAUGUUGUGUCAAAAAAGAAACAAAAAACUGACAAGACCCCUAGCGAAAAUCUGAAUCUAGAUUUUAAUGAAGGCGAAGGAGAUGAGGAGGAGACCACUGGAGAACAUUACAUUUAUGGACAGUGAUAAUGAUAUAGAAGAAGAAAGGAGGAACGUGGAAGCAUUGGACAAAUGUAUGACAGAAA